UUUCCUGCCCUAGUACCCACCCGGAGUUUUACCGAAUUUUCCCCCACACAGAAUUCACCCACUCGCAAAUAUUCUUUUUCGUGACUUUCUCAAACAAGCAGAGCACAACCAAUUUUCGGACUUCUUCAACCACCAGACUCCUUUCAACUCCCAAUUAACCCACAGUCCUCAAUACCGCCAAAAUGGGUCGCGUUCGUACCAAGACCGUGAAGAAGUCCGCCAAGGUCAUCAUUGAGCGAUACUACCCCAAGCUCACUCUUGACUUCGAGACCAACAAGCGAGUUUGUGAUGAGAUCGCUAUCAUCGCCUCUAAGCGCCUACGCAACAAGAUUGCCGGCUACACUACUCACUUGAUGAAACGAAUUCAACGAGGACCCGUCCGCGGUAUCUCCUUCAAGCUCCAGGAAGAAGAGCGAGAACGCAAGGAUCAAUACGUGCCCGAGGUUUCUGCUCUUGACUUCACGUUGAACACCGAGUCUGGCCAGCUCGAUAUCGAUGUUGAGACCAAGGACCUACUGAAGCACCUUGGCUUCGAGAACGUCCCUGUCAACGUCGUACCUGUUACUCAACAACAGACCGCCGAGCGACCCCGACGAUUCGGUGACCGUGCCCCGCGAUAAAUCAAAAAAGUACUACGGGAGAUGACGUCGCGGCAUUUAUGAAUGAGGGUGGAUGGUUUAUGGGUUGAUUUUAAGGGCUAUUGGCAUCGGUCUCAUGACUAUACGGCGUCUCUACUACGGACGAUAGUAGGUUCAUUCUAGAUCCGCAAUUGACGAGAUCUUCCCACACUAGGUGUCCCUGAUUUGAUAGCGAAAGCUGGAGAUGACGGUUGAUUGCCAUUUUCCCCUUCCUACCUUGAUGCGUGCAUACGUGAAUUGUCUU